CUGCUGCUCGCCGCGCUCCUGCAGCUGGCCCCCGCCCAGGCCCCUGCCUCCCAGCCUGAUCCCCUGGGCCACCAGAAGAAAGUGGUGUCCUGGAUCGACGUAUAUGCCCGUGCCACCUGCCAGCCUCGGGAGGUGGUAGUGCCCCUGACAGUGGAGCUCAUGGGCACUGUGGCCAAGCAGCUGGUGCCCAGCUGUGUGACUGUGCACCGCUGUGGUGGCUGCUGCCCGGACGACGGCCUGGAGUGUGUACCCACGGGGCAGCACCAAGUGCGAAUGCAGAUCCUCAUGAUCCGGUACCCUAGCAGUCAGCUGGGGGAGAUGUCUCUGGAAGAGCACAGCCAGUGUGAAUGCAGACCAAAAAAGAGAGAGAGUGCUGGGAAGCCAGACAGCCCCAGGCCCCUCUGCCCACGCUGCGCCCAGCGCCGCCAGCGCCCUGACCCCUGGACCUGCCGCUGCCGCUGCCGACGCCGCAGCUUCCUCCGUUGCCAAGGGCGGGGCUUAGAACUCAACCCAGACACCUGCAGGUGCCGGAAGCUGCGAAGGUGA